AUGUCGUUCGCCAAUGCGCUGGCGCUGGACACGAGCGACCGCGAGCAGCUGUCGGCGCGCGGGCUGGAUCAAUCCGGGGUGGCCGUGGCCCUGGCCAAGCCCAUCAAGGCGAUGCGCCUGAUCGACUCGCAGCGGUCGCUGGACGAGAAGGCGCUGAGCGAUCUCAUCUCCUCGCCCCGCCCGGCGCCGCGGCCGCUGGAGACGGUCAAGAGCUCCGAGUGCCUCGAGGCGCUGGCGUCGCCCAGCUUGCGGAUGAUCGCGGGGCCAGCCAGCGCCGCCACGCCGCGAUCGCCACUCCAUCCCUACGAACCCAAUCCCAUGAUCGCCGAGGCCUGGGACUCUCUCAGGAAAUCGCUGGUUUACUUCCGGGGCAAGCCGGUUGGGACCAUCGCCGCGCUCGAUCCAAACGAAGAAGCUCUCAACUACAACCAGGUAUUCGUGCGCGACUUUGUUCCCAGCGCGCUGGCCUUCCUCAUGAACGGCGAGGCGGAGGUGGUGAAGAACUUCUUGCUCAAAGCGCUGCGCCUCCAGGCGUGGGAGAAGCGCGUGGACUGCUUCACGCUGGGCGAGGGCGUCAUGCCCGCCAGCUUCAAGGUGAUGCAAGAUCCAGUGCGCGGCACCGAGACGAUGCUGGCCGACUUUGGCGAGGCCGCCAUCGGGCGCGUCGCCCCCGUCGACUCGGGCUUCUGGUGGAUCAUCCUCCUCCGCGCCUACACCAAAUCCACGGGCGACUUCACGCUCGCCGAGAUGCCCGACUGCCAGAGGGGGAUGCGACUCAUCCUCUCCCUCUGCCUCGCCGAGGGAUUCGACACAUUCCCCACGCUCCUCUGCGCCGAUGGCUGCUGCAUGAUCGAUCGGAGAAUGGGAAUCUAUGGCUACCCGAUCGAGAUCCAGUCCCUCUUCUUCAUGGCACUGCGCUGCGCCAAAACCCUCCUAAAACCCGAGCUCGGCGGCAAGGAGUUCAUCGAGAGGAUCGAGAAGCGGCUGGUGGCGCUGAGCUACCACAUCCGUACGUACUUCUGGCUCGACUUCCAGAACCUCAACAACAUAUACCGCUACAAGACCGAGGAGUACUCGCACACGGCCGUCAACAAGUUUAACGUGAUCCCGGACUCCAUACCCGACUGGGUCUUCGACUUCAUGCCCAUGAAGGGUGGCUACUUCAUUGGAAACGUGAGCCCCGCCAGGAUGGACUUUAGAUGGUUCCUCAUUGGCAAUUGCGUUGCAAUACUCUCGUCCAUCGCCACCCCGGAGCAAGCGUCGGCAAUCAUGGAUCUGGUCGAGGCACGCUGGGCGGAUCUCGUCGGGGAGAUGCCGCUCAAGAUCAGCUACCCAGCCAUGGAUGCCGAGGAAUGGGUCAUUGUGACUGGCUGCGACCCCAAGAACACCCGAUGGAGCUAUCACAAUGGAGGAACUUGGCCAGUGCUGCUGUGGAUGCUCACCGCAGCUUCGAUCAAAACCGGGAGGCCUCAGAUCGCUCGCAGAGCGAUCGAGCUUGCGGAGCCGAGGCUUUGUAAGGAAGGGUGGCCCGAAUACUACGAUGGGAAGCUUGGGAGGUAUGUUGGGAAGCAGGCUCGCAAGUUCCAGACGUGGUCGAUCGCCGGCUACCUCGUCGCCAAGAUGCUGCUAGAGGAUCCAUCGCACUUGGGAAUGAUCUCGUUAGAAGAAGACAGGAAAGGGAAGCCCGUUAUCACUCGUUCUGCUUCAUGGACUUGCUAA